GGGGCGCUGCGGGCCGGGCGCCCGGUGCUCACCCGCCGGAGCCAAUUUGCGGUAGGCUCGGGCCCACGCCUUAAGGGGUUAAACCUUUCUCAUGUUACCGAGCGGCUUAUAAGGAGGGGGAGGCCAAGCCUCCGCCUUAUUGGGAGCCUUUUGGGGUUUAUUCUCUUCCCUUCUAACUUGAUUAAGAAUGACCCAAAAGACAUCACAGCUUUGUUCCACAGCCAAUGUUUAUACUCAAGUGCCUGAUGGAGGUUGGGGCUGGGUGGUAGCUGUGUCUUUUUUCUUCGUUGAAGUCUUUACCUACGGCAUCAUCAAGUCAUUUGGCGUCUUCUUUAAUGACUUAAUGGACAGUUUUGAUGAAUCUAACAGCAGGAUCUCCUGGGUCAUAUCAAUAUGUGUAUUUGUCUUAACAUUUACAGCUCCCCUCUCUGCUGUCCUGAGCACCCGUUUCGGACACCGUCUGGUGGUGGUGGCCGGGGGCCUGCUUGUCAGCACAGGAAUGGUGACGGCCUCCUUCUCCCGGGAACUCUACCACAUGUAUAUCUCGAUCGGCGUCGUAUCCGGUUUGGGAUACUGCUUUAGCUUCCUACCAACUGUCACCAUCUUAUCUCAGUACUUUGACAAGAAGCGCUCCAUGGUCACUGCGGUUGCUUCCACGGGAGAAUGCUUCGCCAUGUUUGCUUUCGCCCCAGCGAUCACGGCGCUGAAGGACAGCGUCGGCUGGAGGUACAGCCUCCUCUUCGUGGGCCUGCUGCAGCUGAACAUCGUCGUCUGCGGGGCGCUGCUGAGACCGAUUGUCAUCCGAGGACCCGGGUCCCCGACAGCAGCCGCCCACGAGGGUCGGAAAGAAGUGCAGUAUAUGCUCGAGAAUGAGAAAACACGCACCUCAAUAGACUCCAUUGACUCAGGAGUAGAACUAACUACCUCACCGAAAAAUGUGCCUAGUCACGCCAACCCAGAACUGGGACCGAAGGGCGACACGCAGCAGGUCCUCGUGGGGACGGGCUCCAAGCCGAGCCACCAGACAGCCCCUUUGUUAGACUUCUCCAUCUUGAAAGACAGAAGUUUCAUCUGUUACGCGUUGUUUGGUCUGUUUGCCACCCUGGGGUUCUUCGCGCCUUCCCUGUACAUCAUCCCCUUGGGCAUCAGUCUGGGCAUCGAGCAGGAGCGGGCUGCUUUUCUGUUAUCCACGAUGGCCAUUGCCGAAGUUUUCGGAAGGAUUGGAGCCGGCUGUGUGCUCAGCCGGGAGCCCAUCCGCAAGAUCUACAUCGAGCUCAUCUGCGUCGUCUUGCUGAUGGUGUCUCUGUUUGCCUUCACUUUCGCCGCCGAGUUCUGGGGUCUCAUGUCAUGUAGCAUCUUUUUUGGUUUCAUGGUUGGAACAGUCGGGGGAACCCACAUUCCGCUGCUCGCCGAAGACGAUGUCGUGGGAAUCGAGAGGAUGUCUUCCGCUGCUGGAGUGUAUGUCUUCAUUCAGAGCAUAGCAGGCCUGGCCGGACCACCCCUUGCAGGGCUGCUGGUGGACCAGAGCAAGAUUUACAGCCGCGCUUUCUACUCCUGCGCCGCUGGCAUGGCCGUGGCUGCCGUGUGCCUCGCGCUCGUGAGACCGUGUAAGAAGGGACUGUGCCAGGGUCACCCUGCGGGUGAAGGACAGGCAGAGAGUCCUCGUGGGAAAGCUUUACAAGACAUACCUGAAGACUUUCUGGAAAUGGACCUUGGGAAAAAUGAGCAUAAAGGUCACGUGAAAAUGGAGCCGGUGUGACAGGCUCCCUGGGCAGGGCCGCCACCCCGCUGGCCCGGAGGCAGGUGGACGGGGUGGCGGGGCGCACAGGGAGGUCCAGGGGCUAUCCACUCUCCCCACUUUUAAAGCUACAUUUUAAAGGGAACAUACAUGAGAAUACCACCAACAUCCCCUUUUUUUUUUUCCUUUUAAGUUUUCCUGUUCGAUUGUUUCUUAAGCCAAAACAAAAACAACCCAGCACUCUUCUGUACAUACGUCUGGUUGUAUGCAGGAGCAGCCGAGAGAUACAAAGAAGGACCCAAUGGCUCACAUUCUGGUUUUAAAAUAGUGACGCGAAAUGGUAAAGUGGUUUUAAGAGCUCUUGCAUGUGAUACACAGCUCGCUUACAAAAGGACAGCUAGCCCAGAUCACGGAGAUGAAAUUGGCCACUCAAAACAGACAAACAAACAAAACUGAAAUCAUUUAAAAAAUUUUCUCAUUUUUGGAAAUAUGAGCAAAUUGCUUUAA